AUUCAACACCGGUUUUAACAUCCAACGAUAAUGAUAACAACAAUCAUUUAAUCCCUGCUCCAUCUCUAUUAAACAGUAUUAUUAUUGACCCAAACGAUUUGUCAUCUUCUCUUUUUAAAAAUAUUUUUGAGAAUAUCAAUAAUUUUGAAAAUGAGUUUUUUGAAAAUUUAGGUAAUAAUCUUGCUGAUGGUGACGGCGACGGUAAUGGAUUUACUACUAUUGAGAUUACUGUUGUUGGAUUAGAUAAUGACGAUAAUUCUGGCGAGGGAAUAAUCAACUUGGAAAGUAAUAUUUUAAGCGAUGGCACAGAAGAAAUCAUCUUUUUCAAAAUUGAUUCAUCUAAAGUUGAUAAUAAACCACAAAAACAUGAUUCGUUAUCAUUACUACCAUUAUUAAAGCCGUUAGCCUUGACAAUAAUGUUAGCAGUCUUGUUAGUAAGUAGUAUAUCAUUAUUAAUGUUUUUCAUCAAGAAAUAUUUUAAUACUACUGAAAAUAAAUGUAAAUAUAGUAAAUGUAGUAAAUAUAUGAAAAUUAGUAUUAAUGAUAAAGAAAUAGAUGAUUUAGAAAAAUGUGAUUUAUUAUAG